CGCAGUGUACCUAUCGUCGAUGAUGUUGUCGGGCACCUUAGGCACCGCUUUAGCUAGCGGUUCCUUAGCGUUCCUAACGAUCGGCUUGUCCAUGUCAUCACGAUCACUGGGAACUCUAGCGCAGACCACGACGGCUCCCCAAACUAGUACUUCUUACAGUAGUCAAAAUGGGCAGACAAGCGGAAGCAGCUUUAAAAUUUCAACCGUACCAUUUCGAGCGUGUGUCAAGAGCCUAUUGUGCUACUGCGACCUUAGCAAUCUCUGCGAUCUCGGCUGUUGUUGUGAUCCUGAAUGCGAGCAGACAGUAACAAAUGCAUUUUCCACAGAUUGUCCGUGUGAUCUUCCUAAUGAGUAUGCUGUUCCCUACUGCAGCCAAAAUGAUAUUCUUAUUUCAAAUCAAACGCAUCUGAUCAAACGGCCCAUUGGAGAUCUUUUCUGCAUUGUGGACGAACAUGUCUACAAGAAAGACACAUACACCGAAGGGAAGACGCUCGCAGAGGAAGAGUUCAACCGUAGGCUGAAACACCUAGAGGCGUUGGGCGAAUACGUAGCCGGAAGUGACGAAGAUCACGUAUUGUCAUUUUCUCGCGAUGGCGGGAUUCGUCAGGGGAACCGUAUGAAGGUGCGGCUCAGGAGCGGACAAGUGACAAACUUCGUCAUUCCCUCAGCAAUUGGUGGGGAUACGUGUGACACGUUAAGUUUGGUGCGUUAUCUACGUCCUCGUCGCACUCGGUGCCUGAUCUCAUUUUCAUGCGAUAGCCGUUUUACGCAGAUGAGUUACUUCACCGAUCCAGCGUUUCUUGUAACGGAAGCGCUCUCAUCAACAGUCAUACCUCUCGCUUAUAUUUGUUUAUUCAACAAAGAGUGCGCACCCCACAGUACACAGGACUUGACAGUGUGCUCGUACUUCAGUCGAGUCGAGUAUCGAAUCGUGCACAACGGCACGCUCGGCGUGCAGGACGUUUACAUUUUUGUGUACCGAAAUGAGCAACUGCCCGCCCACGGAACCGUGGUCCCACUUCAAAUUGACGUCUAUUUCGAGACGAAACAGGACGCCGCCGUCAGACUUAACGGCGGCCCAACUCUGCGAAGUGGAAAUCCAGGAUACAUUCCAGGGAAGCCGAUAUUGACAAAAAACGGCGAUUCGUCGACGCGACCAAUGUCAGCUCCGUUCCGCGAUUGCACAGAUAUUGAAGGGGGAGCAGUCCUGUUCGGGGAGAACCUAAAUACCGUAUGCCUGUUCUCCACAUGCGAAGAGGUUCGCGAUAACCUGCCCACGAUGCUCGCUGGGGACGGGUACGUCGGCGCUUACGGCAGCUCUGAUCCUCGAAUCAAUGACGAUUGGGUUGUUAUUGACGAGGAUCCGCUGACGCCAGGCGGUGCGCAAAACAACUCGUGCAGUUUCCGCAUUAAUGUGCUUAUUGCUUACCAGCGUACACAGUUUCGAAUCAGCCCCCAAAAUCGAGUUGUGUAUGUGCGAGCACAAUAUUCCGCCCUGGAGGACUUACGGGCACUCGUCGAAAUCAAUGUCGACUUCGUCGAUAUGAGUGACGAUUCACAAGUCAAGUAUGCCGGUCCACCUGUUAUCGACGUGAAGCUACCUGAAGACUUCUUCUACCCGUUAACAUUUGGAGCCAGUUCAGCGCGCUCGACAUCGAUAUUUGGCCGACCUUUUUGGCUGGGACGUAAAGCCGACACUACAACAUUACCGCUGCUGCCAUCUAUACUCUACUUUUUUAUAUUAACACUAUUGGUAUUGAUCACUUCUCGUAGCAUUAUUACUUAAUCACUGGAAUACAAAGGAAGUUACUUCUACGUAGGACAACUAAUGGACGUUAUCGUAUAUGAAACUGAUGGUAACAAUAGCAAUUAAAAUAAUUAUCAAGGCGAUACGUCUAAAUAUUGUCAAAUAUUUAAAUGGAUACGCGGUAGCUGUGUUUUCUUUUUGUGCUGCAGUGAAGACCGAGCUUUGUUAAGAUCAUGACUACAGUUCGGCUUUCAACUCGAAACUAAUUUACGCCCAAAUAUUUUUUGUCUGCAUAGAAAGCAAUCCAAGUAUCGAUGCGCCCUGUCGUAAUUCAUGACGUCCUCUCAUUGUAUCAAAACUACGCCUUCGGUUUUCUGCUCUGGUCUUCGGACACUGGUAGAAGCUACUUUCAGCUGAUUAUUGGUUGCAUACGCAAAGUUUCAUACAUUGGUCAAAUAUAGAUGGAUUCUACCACUUCGUAUCAGGCAUUGUCCAACUGGUUCGCUUCACAAUGUCUCAAGAAUGGGAAGAAAAGGACUCAAACUGGCCGUUGCGACUGGGCCGGAACUGAGGUCUAAACGAAGUCUCUUAGAGGAACUGAUGGUAUUUGCUUUCAAGGACACAUUUUUAAAAACUAAGUAGAUCGUAAAUUUUGUUGACCAAACAAUCAACAAGUACCAUCUGUAGCUAGGGAUAAGACAGAGGAGAAAUUUUCGUGUUAAUCGCUAAAGCUCAUUUGGAUACAUGAUAACAUUUUUUUUUGCAUUACAUAACACCACCACCACUAAGGUUCUCGAAGUUCAUGCAGAGGGGGAGAAUACAUUAGGUUUCAGUAUCUUCUGCUUUGAUCAGCAAUCCAUAAUCUCAAUGAGAACGGCGCUGAGCCUUCUCCAGGUGGCAGUAGAACCCCCAUCUUUAAUUUCGCACUCGAGUAAGAAAAGCUUUCUUUCCACACGGCGAUCUUCAUCGGAAAGCGUAACACCCGUCCGCCUUCGAUGAGGUUUCAUCCGUCCACGAAAAACGGGCUGAUAAACAUUAUCAUGGCUUCUUUGCAAAACGAAUAGUUUGUUUUCUUGCAGAUGUCAACCGUUUAUCAUACCUCACAAAAAAGAUGAUAAUAUUAUUCUACCUCGAAAUGUGAAAAUAUCUAGCGAAAGGAUAAUCGAGGCAAUAGAAAUCCAAUAACUUCGGUGGCAUACUCCAUAUCGGUCAAUGAUGAAUGAGUUGUUCGAUGUUGAAAAUCGCAUCAGCUACUGUGGCGCUUUUUUAACGACUACAAACUUUGCUUGAAUACUAUACAAAUCCAUUUGAAGAACCCAAACAACGAUCAAACCGAUCGUAUCCAUAAUAUGCGUUAUCUUGAUUUCAGUUCAGUAUAAUGCUUAAUCUUCGACAUAUGUACGUACCGCGUUUCGUGCUGCGAGAAGCCGACCUUAUGGCCAUCAGCUUUGCUUCAGAGAUUGCUUAUGAGAGACUUCGUCUGCCGGUAUAGGCACGUAUCAAUGACUUAAGGCUUAAUUUUAAUAUAAAUCUACGGCGCCACAUACGAAGGUUUUAGCCGCGCUAGACGAAAGCAAAAAUUACCAUACUUGCACCAAAUAGCUGGUACUGCAUUAAGUGUGAACACAGCCAAUAUGUAGGCUAUGUUUUUCCAGCAAAUUACGGCACACGUAACUACUAAGCAUGAACAACACCGAUAGACAUAAGAUAAACGGGCAAAAGUUUCUAGCACUUUUUUUUUCAUUAAAUAAAGCCAAGAUUAGCUUUGUUCAAUGAAAAAAAGGAAAAAGGUGUGUGUAUAUUGCAGCCAUUGCGAUAUACGUUUCCCAGCUGCCAAAUGAUUUAAAAAAAACAAAAAAAAAAAACUAAAUUUGACUUCGGACAAAAAUACAAUUACAAAUCGUAAAAAAACCUAAUGUACUCAAUCAGAGAUGCAAAAUGGGGUGAGAAAACACCUAACGAACAAUGAAUUUUUAGCUUUUGUUGAAAAAUAUGAUUAUCUAUUUGACCUAAAGGAAAAAUCUAUGUGAGUUCCAUGGAGUGGAAUAAUUGAUGAUGUAUCAUUUUUAAUACAAAUCGAUAAGCUAUACACAACACGGGAUCGAGCAAUAGUAAUUAACUAUUGUAUAGUUCCUUUGUACUAGACUUCAUUUUGCCUUGAUCUAUUAUUUUAUCUGGCAACAUGUCUGAUUUGGUCGUCAUAUUAUGACACUUAUGCUGCAGUGCAGCGAUUCCGUGUUCGAUUGUGCCUCGUCUGGUCUUAUACUGAUUAUAUAUACACUUUCCUUAGCUGUGGUGAUAUCUUUCUUUAAACGACCGCCCUAAGACGCCAGAGCUUGAACGCUCGACGCACGACUGUACAAGCCAUAUAAAUCCCUAUACACGUAUAAACUUAGCCACUUAUUUGUAGAACUGAACGGAAGAAUUAGAAGCGAAGGUGGAACACAGUUAUAUAGGUAAUAAGCGUAAGAUUACGAUAGAAAUCAUGUAACCAUUUAGAGCUGUUUUAUAAAACUAAUUUAAGCAACGAAUUUUACAAUGGGGAUAGGCCUUGAAUUUGGAGUCAUUUCUGUAUUUUUCUAGUUUCUGCACAUCCGACUGACAGAAGUUCUCUACAAAUGAGAAAAAUUCAAUUGCUACAAAGGCUUUUUGAGGAACUACGAAACUACGCUGAAAAAAAGAUCUCAUAAAAACACCUGGCCAGUUGUUUCGGACACAUACAAGCUUAUCGAGCAAAAUUGUGAGAAGCUCAGUGCGGCUGAUGCGUAUAGCUCAUCGGAAAAAAUCGGCGCUCAGUACAAAAGAUAACGCGAAUUCUAUCCACAAAGCAGAUAUAAGCUAACCUUUCCUGGCUGUUAUUUACUGGCGAUAAAGUUCGUGCUAUGCUAGACUAUGCGCGUCCUCGUCAAUGUUCCAGAACGAAUAUAGUAUAUAACAGAUUUGCCUUUUUUUUUCUCUCUUUAGCUAUGCGUUACUAGGCCACGAUAUAGGAUCAAGUCAGACAUCGUUAAAGGAAGUAAGUUCUAAGUGGAAUUUUGUUCGAACUUAGAAUCGUUCAAUGUUUUGUCAUCUACGCACACUUUCUCGACCCUCUCGAUUUUCUCUCAUGAAAUAAAUAAAUAAAUCAUAAUAAAUUCAAAGCGUUCCAUUUGAGAGAGUUAGGUACGUUAAGUAAGACUAAACGUCAGAGGAGACGGUG